AUGUCGAGGAUUGAAGAGCUGCCGGAUGACUUUGAUGAGUCGCUCAACCUCAACGAGGUGCCCCCUCAGGUGGCAGAAGACCUGCCGCAGCCUGCCUUCGACGCCUUUGCUGCAUCUAAUGAGGUGCCGUUUCCCAUUAACGAGGAGAGACUGAAAGAAUUGGAAAGCGACCCAAAUGCACCAAAAAUGCCACCGGCAAUGGCGUCAGUCAAGUCACACUCGAAAGAGGAAUUGUUGGCCAUGAUGAACAAGACUCCAUUAUUCAUGACGGACAUUGAGAACGCAGGCGAUGAGCAGGGCGAAAAUGUCUUUUUGGAUGCUCUCACUGCCCUUCAGAACGAAGGAACCCGUGGCGAGGUUGCUCAGUCCUUCAAAGAACAGGGCAACGAAGCAGUUCAAGAAAAGCGAUGGAUUGACGCUAAAGAAUUUUAUACCAAGGGCAUUGCUGUCAUUUACGCCAAAGAAGAUAAGUGGGACAAACCCGAGGACCUUGAGAAGGAGAAAAAGCUAUUGCGCCAGAUGGAAGAGUUGUCGCAUCUCAACCGAGCACUCUGCAAUCUAGAGCUAGGCAACUAUCGCUCCUGCACCCUUGACUGUGCCGCAACACUGAAGCUCAACCCCAAGAGUGUCAAAGCCUUCUAUCGCUCUUCGAUGGCUCUUUUGAAACUAGAAAAGAUUGCCGAAGCUGAAGAUGCUGCCGCGCGAGGAUUGGCUGUUGAUCCUAGCAAUACAGCCCUUCAGAGCGCCGCCAAGAAGGUAGCUGAGCGCAAGGCUGCAGUGGAGCGUAUCGCAGCGCGGAAGAAGGCAGAGGACGAGCUUGCUCGCAAGAAAAAUCUUGUUCUUAGCACGGCUCUUCGUGCUCGCCAAAUCUUCACUCGCAAAACUGAUCAACCUCCCGAGAUGGAAGAUGCUGGUAUCAGGCUAACUCCUGACCCUCUUUCCCCGGAAAGCUCAAUUGAGUUCCCGACCGUGAUGCUGUAUCCCAUGGAUGCGCAGUCGGACUUUAUCAAGGGCUUUUCGGAGUUGAGCUGUAUUGAAGAUCAUCUUGAAUAUCUAUUCCCAUUGCCCUGGGAUACCAAAAAUGAAUACUCCCUCGGCAAUGUUGAAUGCUUUAUGCAGACUGUGUCGGGUGGCUUGAUCAAGGCGGGCAAGAAGGUUCCAUUGUUACAGAUCCUUACCGGUGGAAAAGUCGAGGUUGUUGACGAACUGGUUAACAUAUUCGUUGUGCCAAUUUCCAAGACCGGGGCAUUCAUCGCCGAUAUGAAAGCUCGCAAAAAUACUUGA